AUGUUACGUUUGGGCAGUUAUUUGUCAGUGUAUGGUCAGCUCUGAUCCGACCAGAUUGCCUUUUACUGCAAUUAUUGAAAGGCUAACUUGUAAUUUGUAAAACAUUGAAGGUUUAAUUGACAGUCUUGCAUCAAGAUUUUCUGCUUGGGGGCUUUAUUUUAUAAACAUUUAUAACUUUAAAAAAGAACAUAAUUUAAAGUAAGAUUAAUGAAAAGCUGACUUGUAAUUUGUAAAAUAUUGAAAGUUUAAAUGACAGUCUUGCAUUAGAUUUUUAGCUUUGGGGAUUUAUUGUAUAAGCAUUUAUAAUUUUCAAAAGUACAUCAUUUAAAAAAAGAUGUAGCCUUGGUUGAGAUAAUGACCAUUAGUCAUGGAUAACAAGUGAAAUCAGUGUGACUGGACAAUAGCAUUGUGAGCAGGUUAAAUUGUGAAGAAAAAUAAAAGAAGCAUUGUGGGUUUGAAGAAACUGGGGUAAAUGGUGCAUGUAACAGUUUGUGACAGUUUUUUGCAAAAACUGAGGAUUAAGGCACUUCACAAAGUGUUAGAUGUGUAAGAAGUUUAACUAUUAGCUGUGGAGGGAGGUACAGGAUUUUUUCAGUGUGAAAUUUGAGAUUUUUGUGGUGGAUUAUUUGUUAUUUCAGGAUAGGAUUGUUGCUACACCCAUCCCUGUGCUGAACAAAGACUCAUUGCCAGACAUGAUAGAGGCUGAUAUGGACAUCAUGACAACCUGAGUGCAUCGUGAACUAUGGAGUUCAAACUAAAUAUGCGGUUACCGCGGCAACCAAGACGGUGGCUCUUCCUCUUGGCUCUCAUACAUGUUGUCAUUGGCGAUGAUGAAGUGCUGAUCACGAGCCCACCUAUCAACACCGAGGCACAGCAAGGGGCCGAGGUCAAGUUCACGUGUUACGUCAGUGUCCCGGAGCACCUUAAAGCAGAAAAUCUGCGCGUGAAAUGGAAGCAUAACGGACACUACAUACACGCGAGUGAUGCCACAAAAGAAGCCAAAGACGAUACGGAGCAACUGGGGCAGUACAUGGCAAAAGGGUCUGAGAGAUUUCAGACAGAAGGGGUAAACAAGUACCUUGCCAUGGACCGGGGCCAGAUAUUCUAUAUAAACAAUGUGGAAGCGAACGAUGGUGGAACGUAUACAUGUAUUGUGCAUGUAGGACAUUUAACUGUUGGACUGUCCAGUGCGAAACUUGUUGUCAUUGUACCGCCAGAUCCACCGAAGGACGUGUCCAUAAUUUCGUGUGGCAACAUGGCGGAGCUCCAGUGGACGCCAGGGCGUGAUGGUGGGGCCAACAUCACAGGCUACCUGGUCCAGUUCAAUACCUCGGACAAUCCUUCAGAAUGGAUUAACUAUCACGACGAAAUUCCCGGAAAAGUGCAAACAACUUACGUGAACCUACCCCCAUGGGGCAUGUAUAACUUUCGACUUCUAGCGCGCAAUAAGGUGGACUAUAGCAAGCCCAGUAACCCAACGAGGCAACCAUGUACAACGCCACCUGAGCGACCGUCAACGAAUCCGAAAGAUGUGCGUACGCAGACACACAAGAAAGGCAAACUAAUAGUCAGCUGGACGCCUAUGCCGCGCCUGCUUUACAAUGGUCCAGGUUUCCAGUAUGUGAUAUACUGGCGACGGAAGGGCAGCACCUACUGGAACGAAAACAUCGAGCAGCAUCCAAAAGCGAGCAUGUGGGAAGUUAGCGUCAAUGAGACGUACGCGCUCUAUGAGAUCAAGGUCAAGGCCAUGAACCAGAUUGGGGAGUCAAGGCAACCAGCGUUCAUAUAUCUCGGGUAUUCGGGAGAAGGAGAGCCGACAGUGGUACCCAAAGAUUUCCGGUUGGACCCGACCAAGCCCAUAGGGGCCCACAGAGCUCACUUCAUCUGGGAGGCGGUUGAUACGUCUGAGGAGAAGAUCAAGGGAGAGUUCAAAGGAUACAAGUUACGUUACUGGAAGUCUAGCGAGGGUCGUCACAAAUGGAAGGAGGUGGACAUUGUGAUAACACGAGAAGACCACGAUCGCCCGGAUGUGCGGGCGGCCAUUGAUGGUCUCCCGGCUAACACAGCUCUGCGGGCGCAGGUCUCUGUUAUGAACACCCACUACACAGGGCCCUCCAGCCAGAUCAUAGAUUUCCUCACACCUGAAGGAGUUCCAAGCCCUGUAAGAGAACUUCGCAUAGACCAGCAUGGCACGACCUUUGCCCUCUUAAAAUGGCUGCCACCCGAGGAACCCAAUGGCUUGUUGCUAGGAUACGACAUUGGCUAUCAACAAAUUACUGGCGAGUCCCCAGGGCGUAUCAAGCCUCUGCGGCCCCAGAUCAACAAUCCGGACAGUCUGGGGGCGCGCAUCACAGGGCUUGAACCCAACCAUGACUACCGGUUUUAUGUGUGGGCGCGCACCAAUACAGGGCGCGGGGAGGGUGCACACACUGACGUUACCACAAAAGACGGCGAUCCUCCGGAUCCACCAAAGCCCAAAUUUACAAGUGUCUAUCAGACCAGUGUAAAUAUAACAUGGAGUCCCUAUAGACUGGUUGAUGUAACGUAUGAGACGGAAUACAGACCUGCAGGGGAAGCGGAAUGGAAGGUGGCUAACUCAGAGUGGGGUCGUAACUGGAUGGUGAUUAAUGACCUCUCCCCGAACAUGGAGUACGAGGUCCGAUUGGUUGCUAAAAAUAAACAUGGCGACAUGGCUUCCAGCACCCUCUACAGGGUGAAAACUCAGCCCCGACAAGGAGGGGAUGCACAUUUGUACCAGCAAGAUGAAGCCUACUCAACGCCCACGAGUGGUGCGUCGGACAUUAAUCAUACCGCAGGCUUCACCAUAUUGUGUGCCAUCUUUUGCUCUGUGGGGCUUCAAACACUUGCGUCUCUAGUCAGUGUUACAGUUUUCUUCCACUAGAAAGAUUCCAGAACAGAGAUAAGCUCUGUGAAAUCCAGUGACAGCGUUACUUUUUUAAAUAGUGGUGUGUAACCUCUAGGGGAGCUUAUCAUGUACUUUAUAUUGAAAUGGUGCCAAUAUGGGUUGUUCCCCUUGCUUUCUCCAGAGAGACUGGGAUACAAUUGUUAAAAAGAAUUCCACUUUUCCUAAGACAAAAAUCUUGAUAUUCUGUGUUUUGUUUAAAAGCAACAUGCUUCCUGUUGAAACCUGUUUUACUUUGAUAUUUAUUUAAAUUAUGAUGUAUAUAAUUAUAUAUUGGAAGCUUAACAGUGUACAUUCCAUUGGAACACUUCAAGAAAAAGUACAAACCAGUUAAUUAACUUGCCGACACAUUGAAACAUGAAAGAUCGUUUUUGAUUUGUUAAACUGAUUGUUAUGAUGAAUAUUUCUCAAGCAUAAUAGGUUGUUUACAAUGAAAAUUUGAUUCCUUGUUCAGCUUUGUUUACCAAAGUCUGACUUUAUCUUGAGAUUAGCAGUGUUUUGCAUUUAAUUUGAGUUUGUACGAAGCAAAUAAUAUGCUCAGAACAACAAUCAUAGUGCUGGAACUUAUUGUUUUAUUUCUUUGAUUUUUACAUGUUUUUAUUCUUUAAUACAUAUGGAUUUGAUUUGUUAUUUUAAAUUACCACAAACUACAAAUUCAUUUGUUUCAUUACCAAACUUAUUUGUAAACAUUUUUGUUUUCAAAGAAAAUGUUUUCAUAUACUGGUUAUGCUUGUAACCAUUGUAUGUUUUAAUGUUUCAUGUUACCUUUGUUGAAAUUCCAGCCUGAGAUUGUGCAAAAAUACUCCCAGGUUGUGAUGGUAGUGUAACUAGUGCUAGCGAUUUCACUUUUUUAUAUCCAUUAAACAAAAAGGUUGUGACUUGUAGAGAAAUAUUAUUUUUCAUAAAAAAAGCAUGUGCAUGUUUGAUAUUGUUGAGAAUAGUGUUCUUGUCAUCUAAUGUGCAAUUGUUCUCUGACAAUGAUUUGACCCGUAGACCAGUUUGAUUUUUAUGUAUUUGUUAUAAUCAUUAAGGUAUGUUUGUAUUUUUAAGACAAAUCUUAAAAAGUUUAUACAAAUUAUUUUUCUUGUAAAAUAUGAUACACUUUGAUGGUCACUUUGUUUGUAAAACUUUGAUGGUCACUUUAUUUGUACGGCUUCUUUACACCCUUAAUGUUAAUUUUCAUCAUGGUUUAAAUAGUGCAUUUCAGUUAAUGGUCCUUAUUCAAAUGGUAUCCAUUGAAAUCAUAAAAGUUUUGAAAACAUGUGUAAUUGAAAUAUUUGGGACUAAGCCAAAAAUAAGAAGUUAUUUUUACAAUAAAUAAGCUUGUAGUAAUUGAGCAUUUACAAUACAUUUUGAGUCCUUUAUUGCAUUGCUGUUACAAGAAUGUAUGAUGCAUACUUAUUGUUAUCAGUUUAGAAAUACUCCACAUCUCCUCUGCUGCUACUAUAUGGGUAUCUGUUCCUCUGCUGGUACUAUAUGGGUAUCUGUUCCUCUGCUGCUACUAUAUGGGUAUCUGUUUUGUAAAUAGGAUUCAAAUAAGUCAUGCUCUGGAAAAACCAAGCUUAACCCUUUGCAUGCUGGAAAAUUUUUCUUCUGCUAAAAUGUCGUCUGCUGAAUUUCUAAAAUUAGCAUUUUCUUCGAUUUUUUUCAAAGAAUACUAUCAGAAUAGCAAACAGUUUGGAUCCUGAUGAGACACCACGUUCUGUGGCGUCUCAUCUGGAUCCAAACUGUUUGCAAAGGCCUUCAAAAUUCGGUUCCUGCACUAAAAGGGUUAACCCAUUCAUAGCAAAAAAUCCAGUUAAGGUUGAAAGUGUCGUCCCUGAUUAGCCUGCGCUCAGACGACACUUUACAUACUUGCAUUAAGCCUUGUAUUCCUAGAGCGAGGCUACAAUAUUUAUUAUGACAUAUCUGUUUCUUUGAAGAGAAUAUUUGUGCCAUGAUGUUACUGCUUAUACAUGUUCACUAUGUAUUACAUGACCUUCACAAGUGUAACCUCCACCUCUUAAGAACUAAGAUUUUUGUCAAGGUGGUUGUCAUUAAGUCCUCUUGCCAGUGACUUGAAGCAAGGAAAUCUUCCAUGUCUUGCCAUAGUGUUGUUUUAUUGUAUGGACAUUCAAAUAAAAUUGAUAAUUGUUUUUUAAAGAGUUUAUAUGUUAAAAUGACGUCUAUUACAGGUUAAAGGCACAUGUGUUUCUCCAGUCACAUGUUUGUAUAUUAGCUGUACUUAAUUGCUUCGCAGACAAGCAUUACCAUUAUUUCUGCAACAACUUUUAAUGCUAGUAGUAGACUCUUAUUAUUGUUUUACAUGAACCCCAAUCCUGAAUAUUGUCCACUCUUCCCCACCCACUCACAAGAACCUGGUGUUGUUGUUUGGUGUUUAAAUGAUACAUUGUUGGAACUGGUGACAAAUUGCUGAUCAGUUCUGUUACCAAGAAAUAACAACCAUUGUAAUUGCAGAUAAAGGCACUUUCUAGUCCUUGUUUUAAUACACAUAAAGGCUCACUAACAAACCCAGCAAUAAUUUAACCCUUUGCAUGCUGGGAAAUUUGUUGUCUGCUAAAAUGUCGUCUGCUGAAUUUCUAAAAUUAGCAUUUUCUUCGAUUUUUUUUUUCAAAGAAUAUUAUCAGAAUAGCAAACAGUUUGGAUCCUGAUGAGACGCCACGUUCUGUGGCGUCUCAUCUGGAUCCAAACUGUUUGCAAAGGCCUUCAAAAUUCGGUUCCCGCACUGAGAGGGUUAAAGUCAAUAUCUGCUGAGUUGUCUUUUCAUUUAAUGUCUGAUAUGAAGUGAGGUGGAAAAUCAUUUUUGGAGAAACUUGAGCAUCAUAUCUUAUAAAUCUCUCAAGUGUUUUAUGAUAAUAUGAAGUUCAAUAUAAUGGAAUUAGAAACAAUAAAUAUCAAAAGUUUAGUUGCAGCUAUUGUUCCUAUUUUAUGUAUAUGCACAGCAUGCACUUGGUAUUUUCGAAAUUGUCCAUCUGUUAGCUGUUUGCCAUUCUUUCUGACAAUGUUUUAUCAGUUUUCAAAGAAUCUCAUGCUCACAACAUCGCAAUAUGACCCAUCGAAGGGGUUCCAUUGUAUUCAGUUAAGACAGCCCACCCUUGCGUCCCAAUGGGCCUCAUUGAUCCACCCCACAAAUUGCCUCAAAACAUUCUCACCUAUGUUCAAUUGCUGCUCAUCAUAUAUUGUUCCUUUGAUCACUUAAGUCCAUUUUUGAUGGUAUUUUUAAAUAGUUGUUUCACUUGGAUUUUAAGAAAAAAAUAUUUUUUUAAUCACAUGCACACAAAUUAUAAAAUAUUUUCCAGUUAUUCUUUGUUGCCUUUUUGAAUGGAAAAUGACCUAUAAUCUUUAUUUGAAAUAACUGGGACAUCAAUUUUUUGUUUUCUUGGGCCCUGACAUUUUCGGAUCAGCUAGGACAUAAAAAUCAUACUUUUGACAAGCUAAGACUUUAAAUCAUGCAACUUAAAAUGAAUAUUUUGAUAAGCUUUAAGAUAAAAUAUUUGUUAACAGACUUUUUGGAUUGGUUGAGAAAUAUAAAUAAAAAUUGAUGAAUUUGGAAAAAAGUUCUUUUUGGAUAGGCUGGGACUUUAAAUAAUGAAUUUGAAAUGUUGGCAAUUAAUAGCACGUCUGACAAGUUGGGAUAUAAAAGAACGGGUGGCUGUUCUUGCUGGGAGUUCAUUGUUUGUGUAUUAGAGGAGAGUAGUGCAACUUAGAGCCUGUGUCUGCAGAUAUUGUCAUGUGCUUCCAGUCCACCUUCACCCGUGUUUGAGAGAUAUUGCCAUUCUUGGUAGCUGUAUCAGUGCCACUAACAAAUUGAACUACAUUAUGACCCCCAUUUUCACCUGUACCCUGUUUCUUAUUAGAAAAUUUAGUUAACACUUUGUUCUUAUUUUAGUUUUACAUUACUUCAAAUAAAUUUCAGAUAAAGAAAGAACAGCAGGUUACAAUUAAGUGAACUGUAAUUAUGUUAUUCAUUUUUAGCAUCAAGCCAUCUUUCUUUUGUACCUUGCCCUUUAGUUUCCCUUAUUUGUUCAAAUUAAAAUAGAACAGUCAAUAUAUGUGUUAAUAUCACACUGAAAUAUGCUAUGACUUCAUAGACAAUAAAUAACUGAGUGCAUAUUUUAUUGAUAGUCUAUGGUUUGAUAUAUUAAAUAAAUGUUUAAGUGAGGUAAUACAUUGUGUCUACCCUUGGGCAACAGUUUUUUAUUGGGAUUUAAAAAAAUGUAGUUUACAUCUCAAAUAAUGCCACAGUUAUCAUUUACCACAUUUAAACACUGAGCUACUAGAAAUAAAGUUUUGUGUCUUUUACACGCAGUAUUUACUAUAACUUUAGAAUUUCCAUUGUUUUAUUGCUACUAAAAAACAAGUUUUGUGUCUAACACGCAGUAUUUACUAUAAUUUUAGAAUUUUGAUUGUUUUAUUGUAAUUGUUUAUUAGUUGUAUAUAAAACUCUGAUUUUGCAUUUUGUUGAAUUAUGGCAAGAUUGUGAAUGGCAAAGUAUUACCACUGUUCUGUGUUUUAUUAUAACAUGUUGUUUUGUAUAUUUUAAAAAAUUUCAUUGCUUUUGUGAUAUUAAUUUCAUUUUUGUAUGUUACACAAUACUAUUAAUUGUACAUAGGUUUACUUUGCUGUUUUAGACAUUUAAACUUGUUUUCAGAAAUCAAAAGAUUAUGUUUGAUAUGUUGAACUGUACAUCAUUACGCAGAUUAAAAACAUUUCAUUUAAAUGUAUGGGACCAACUUAAGGCUAUAUAUAUCCAUUGUGUACAAAUGUUAUUAUUUUGUUUAGCAAGUCAUGCAAAAUUAAACCAAGCAUGCUUGAUAAAAUUAUCAUAAAUAUAAUUUAUUUUGUCGAUUUUGUUGCAUUUUUUUUACAAUCAAAAUAAAUGUUAACCCCCAAUACUAAGCUCUACCAAUUUUCCUACACAUUGAAAUUAGUUAAUUAUGACUUAUUCAUAAUUAUGAAGACAAAUGUUUUCAAUUUUUACGCUCCCGGUAGGGUGGCAUAUAGCAUUUGAACUGUCUGUCCUUCCGUCCGUCUGUCCGUCCGAAAACUUCAACAUUUGCCAUAACUUUUGCAAUAUUGAAGAUAGCAACUUGAUAUUUGGCAUGCAUGUGUAUCUCAUGGAGCUGCACAUUUUGAGUGGUGAAAGGUCAAGGUCAUCCUUUAAGGUCAAAAGUAAAAAAUACAAUCCAAGGGAAGUAAUA